AUGCCGCUUCCCGUUCACCCUCCCCCUCGCUCGCCUCUGGACCGCCAUCGCCAGUUGGCUCCGUCCGCUUCUGUCCGGGUUACUCCCCUUUGCCUCGGUGCCAUGAACUUCGGUGACGCGUGGAAGGACAGCCUCAGGGAAUGCCCAAAGGAAACGGCAUUCAAAAUUCUCGAUUAUUUCAUUACCCAGAGACAAAAUCGUGAUCAACUUGUCCUGGCCAGCAAGUUCUCGAGCAGCUACAAAAACCAUGAGAGUGACAAGCUUCAAUCAACCUAUGGCGGCAACGGCGGCAAAUCUAUGCGUGUGUCCUUAGAGCUCUCGCUGCAGAAACUGCAAACGAGCUACAUCCACCUUUUCUAUCUCCAUUGGUCGGACUAUACUGUUUCCAUCCCGGAAUUGAUGCACACCCUACCAAUUUGGUGGUCAGCGGCAAGGUCAUUUACCUCGGGAUUUCUGAUUACCCGGCCUGGGUGGUUGCUAAGGCCAAUCAAUACGUUCGUGAUCACGGUUUACGCCAAUUCUCCGUGUACCAAGGUCGUUUCCUUCCGGGGCUUUGAGCGAGAGAUACUCCCGAUGUACCGCGACGAGAACAUGGGCGAGGUGCUGUGGGGAACCCUGAGCCAGGGCCAAUUUCAUACGGAGGCAGGGUACAAGGAAAGGGAGCAGAACAAUCCCGGGGGCAAGGGAAGACACCCUCAGAUGGCGAGAGAAGUCCUCGAAACAAUUGCAAACUCAAAGCAGACGGAUCUUACCAGUAUAGCCCUCGCCUAUGUCCGCCAUAAAGCGCCUUAUGUCUUCCCGGUUGUCGGCGGUAGGAAGGUUGAGCAUCUCCGAGGCAACAUUGCAGCAUUAGACUUGUCCCUCAGUGUCGAGGAGAUGGCGCAGAUUGAGGCAGCCUAUCCCUUUGACCAUGGUUUUCCCCAUACCUUUCUCAGCGGGACCCUUUUCGAUGGUAGCACUCCACGUACUCCCGAUGGCCCUGGGGCGUGCGGCUAA